CAUGGCGACUAUCAGGCAUAUUGCGCUCUCCGGAGGGCAAACGCUCCUUUCACCCAGCUUUCAGCAAAGGGUUUCGGGGAGAGCUGGUCCACGGCCUAGAGACUGUGGACAGGUAGGAAAACGUCGGUCUUGCCUUCCUCCCACCCCUGGACACGGAGUCUCCUUCAACUAAACCCAGCAGGGACGUAAGUCAGGUUGCCGGUGGGAACUAGGCUUCGCAGCCUCCAGGGAUGCCGCGGCGAAGGACACCCUCGCUCCGCGGACUCCGAGAGCCCAUUGGUGAGCGAUGUCGUCACUCAGAGUGACGUCACCGCGAGGAACGAGGAGGAGCCAUAGAGACGGCCGCGGGCCCUUCUAGCGUGGGGAGCGGGGGAGGGGGGCCUCGGGAAGGCACUGGAGGACUGAGGCGGCCGUUCGCGGGAGCCGGCCGAGGAGGUCCCAAUGUUGACUAGUUGAGACAAAUAUAAAUAUGGCUGUCUACUGUUAUAAUACAGUCUUAGUUAUUGCCCGAACAAGAUUCCCUAGCCAUUUUGUACAUCCUACCUGCUCUUCUUGUUUCCCAUCACUUGCAUUUCUUCACUUGCCAGAUUCCCAUUUAAAUAAAACAUAUACGAAGAACUAUGGAAGCAGGAAGUACUCCUAUCCUAGUCAGUCAGGCAAUAAAGGACAUCACUUACGAACUAGGAUAAUACAAAAGCUACACACAUCAACUUGCUGGCUACAAAAGGUCCCUGGUGAACCUCAGCUGGAGCAACCCACCCCAGAACCCCAGGUGACAAGCUCUCAGCCCACAGAAGAAACUGGUAUGGAGACUAAGGAAGAAAAGCGAUCUUAUAGACAAAGAAUUAUGGAUGAACUUAAAUAUUAUUACAAUGGAUUCUAUUUUCUUUGGAUUGACACCAAAGUUGCUGUCAAAAUGAUUUGGAGGCUGUUGCAUGGACAGAUGCUGACCAGACGAGAUAGACGAAGGCUAUUGAGGACUUGUGUUGAUUUCUUCCGCUUGGUUCCAUUUAUGGUGUUCAUAAUUGUACCCUUCAUGGAAUUCUUAUUACCAGUGUUUCUGAAGUUCUUCCCAGAGAUGUUGCCAUCAACUUUUGAAAGUAAAUCUAAAAAGGAAGAAAAACAGAAAAAGAAAAUGGCUGCAAAGUUGAAACUAGCAAGAUUUCUUCAAGAAACAAUGACAGAAAUGGCAAAGAGGAAGAGGACCAGGCUGGGAGAGGCCUCUACACAGUUCUCAUCCUAUGUCGAACAGGUCCAAAUAGGCCACAAGCCCAGCACAAAGGAGAUAGUUCGCUUUUCCAAACUGUUUGAAGAUGAGCUCACCCUUAACCACUUAGAUCGCGCACAGCUGGUCGCCCUUUGCAAACUGCUAGAACUGCCGUAUUUUGGAACCAACAAUUUGCUCCGCUUUCAGCUUCGGAUGAAACUGAAGUCUAUAAAAGCAGAUGAUGAAGUAAUUGCCGAAGAAGGGGUGAGUGCUUUGAGUGUGCCAGAACUACAGUCUGCAUGUAGGGCCCGAGGGAUGAGAUCACUGGGUCUCACUGAGGAGCAACUGGUACAACAGCUCACAGAGUGGCAGGACCUCCACCUGAAGGAGAACGUCCCUCCUUCUCUUUUGCUCCUGUCACGAACCUUCUAUUUGAUAGAUGUGAAGCCAAAGCCAAUUGAGAUCCCACUAAGUGGAGAGGCUCCGAAGACACAUAGUCCUGUGGAAUCACCUACUUCACCUGAGUCUAAAGAGAACUUGGUGGACUUAGCACCUCAACUGAAGGGAACUAAGGAUGAAAAAUUUAUGAAACUGCCACCAAUUACAUCAUCACCCAUAACACCAUCAACACCUAUUUCAUUACCUAAAGGAUCCGUGACUUCUGCUAAAGAAGCUACACUCCAGGCCAAAUCACAAGACAACUCAGAGCAGCACCACUAGUUCCAAAGGAGCCCUGGAGGAUGAAGCUCACGCUCUCAGCUUCCUGCCCUCAGCAGUGGCAUCCGUAAAGCACCUCCCAGCUAAGACUGUGUCUAGUUUGAGUAGAGGAUCAGGGGCAGUCCUUUGAGAC